AUGUCUGACCUCAAAGCAACCGUCGCCGAGACACCAGCCGGAUUUCACGUUGAGGGUUACGAGAAGAUCGAAUAUGACUUCACCUUCAUGGACGGAGUCUUUGACACCAACAACAAGAACCUAGCAGACUGCUAUCAACGGUGGGGGCGCUGCUUGGCCGUCAUGGACUACAACAUCUUCAACGUCUACGGCGAGCAGAUGCAAAAGUACUUCGAUCACUAUAAGAUUGACCUCGACAUCCACAAGACCAUGAUUGGCGAGAAGGCCAAAUCCAUCGACACGUUCUUGAGCAUCGUCGACUCGAUGAACAAGUUUGGCGUCUUCAGAAAGGAACCUGUACUCGUCAUCGGCGGUGGAUUGGUUACGGACGUUGCUGGGUUCGCUUGCGCUGCGUACCGCAGAAACACCAACUAUAUCAGAAUCCCAACCACUGUCAUUGGGCUUAUUGACGCGUCCGUGUCAAUCAAGGUUGCCGUCAACUAUGGCAACUACAAGAACCGGCUCGGAGCCUAUCAUGCUCCAAUGCACACGUUCCUGGAUUUCGGUUUCCUCCGCACCUUGCCGGAAGCACAGAUCCGCAACGGUUUUGCGGAGUUGAUCAAGAUCUCCACUUGCGCUCACCUCCCGACAUUCGAUCUGCUUGACAAGUAUUGCGAGCAGCUAAUCAAAACUGGGUUUGGUCGAAUGGAUGGUGCACCAGAAGAGGUGCGCAAGGCUGCAGAUACCAUCAACCGUGCCGGCAUCCACGAGAUGUUGAAGCUCGAGACUCCGAAUCUGCACGAGAUCGGACUCGACAGAGUUAUCGCUUAUGGUCACACUUGGUCACCGCUUCACGAGCUAGUGCCAGAGGUUCCUCUUCGCCACGGCCAUGCCAUUUCUAUUGAUAUGGCAUAUUCGGCGACUCUUGCCAACAUGCGUGGAAUCCUUAGUGACGAAGAGCACAAACGGAUAUUGAAUCUGUUCUCGAGAGCAGGAUUGUCGAUGGACCACCAUCAAUUCGACGAAGACAUCCUUGACAAGGGUACCAAGGCGAUUCUGAAGACUCGAGAUGGUCUGCUUCGCGCUGCCGUGCCCAGUCCUCUGGGGAAGUGCGUUUUCCUGAACGACGUCUCAAUGGACGAGAUGUUUGCUGCUCUCAAGAAGCACAAGGCAUUGAUGAAGAAUUAUCCCAGAAAUGGUGAGGGCUUGGAGGCUUUUGUCGACUCAAGCGAUACUGGCUACACAGUCAACAACAAGCCCGUCGAGACCGAGACUGACGGCGUUUCAAACGGCCUCAAGAAGCUGAAUGUCUUGAAUGAUGAUACGAAUACCAACGGAGCAGUCACCAACGGACACCGAAAUGCCGACGGAAAGAUGACCAACGGUGCGGCAAAAGCGACCAAGCAUGCUGCGGCGGAGGAAAAACCUACCGAUUUCAUCAAUGGAGCCACAGACGUACCCACCAACGGCUUAGCCAAGGGCAUGGCGAACGGAGUGAAUGGCCAUACCAACGGCGUCCACACCAAUGGAACAAAUGGUGUUCAUUGA